UCGAAGUUUGAUGACGUCAUCAUGGCCUAGUUGAGAUAGUGUAAACUAAAUAUUUUACUGAAAAUCUUGGUCUGUUGAUGGUCGUGGGACACUGUGAUAUAUUCAUGAUAAACACUGAUAUUCAUAGAGCGUAUAGAUAACGCCAAGGGAAGCGUAGCAAGGCUGAGUUAAGGCCCGUGCUGGUGAAAUAAUGUCCCGUCAUGAAGGUGUAAGCUGUGAUGCAUGUUUGAAGGCAAAUUUCCGUGGGCGGCGCUACAAAUGUUUAAUAUGUUACGAUUAUGACCUUUGCUCUGCGUGUUACGAAGGUGGAGCUACAACAACCCGCCACACAACUGACCAUCCCAUGCAGUGUAUCCUAACCAGACAUGAUUUUGAUGUGUACUAUGGGGGAGAGGCACUGUCAGUGGAACAGCCUCAGAGUUUAACAUGUCCAUUUUGUGGCAAGAUGGGCUACACAGAAACAUCAUUGCAGGAUCAUGUCACUGCUGAUCAUCCUGACUCGGCUUAUGAAGUGGUUUGUCCAAUAUGUGCCUCUGUGCCUGGAGGGGACCCCAACCAUGUAACAGAUGACUUUGCUGCUCACCUCACAUUGGACCAUCGCUCAGGUGCCCCAAGAGACCUCGAUGAACCAUCUGGAUCUAGGCAUGGAGUUCGCAGAAUACCUCAUCAAGGUCGUGGAAUUAGUCGGGGUGUUGCAAGACGUAAUAUGACCUUCGGGAGCGUUAGCAGUGGCCUGUUUUCUCCAUCAUCACGCGAGUCAAUGGAUCCCAUUGCAGAGCUCUUAUCUCAGCUAUCGGGAGUGCGUCGAGCCACGGGUUCUUCAUCUACAGAGUUGGAUCAAUUAUUUCUGUGGAUUCCCCCUGAAAUGGAACCUGCUCCAACAGAAAAUUGGAGGCUAUGGCAGGAUUCUUAUCCGGCUGCUGGUCUUCGUCAGCAGCUGGAGCGACUACCAAGACGUGGAGGAGCCAGUAGUAGUGGAGGUGUUGGUAGUGGAGGAAGUGGCAGUGGAGGCAACAGCAGUGGGGGAGGUGGAGGAAGUGGUGGUGGCGGCGUUGGGGGUGGCGGUGGUGGUGGCGGCGGCAGCAGCAGUGGUAGUCACAGUGGUGUAAUGGUGAAUAUUGGGUCUAGCAGCACAGCAAAUGUUGUAACAACCCAUCAUCAGCCCCCUCCACUUCUUGUUCAUGCUGGAUCACAUUCACAACCUCAGUCACAAUAUCUCCUGGCAAGGCUGGGAGACAGUGAGAGUGAUAUAGAUGGCAGUAGUGGGAGCAGUGAUCGGGCAGGAUUUGUCCAAGAACUGUUACUCUCCACACUCUGUGAUCUCAGUGUUAGCCCAGGAGCCUUGGGAGAUGGAAGUUUAUUACCAGCAUCACUUGCAAAGCGAGGUGGAGUGGCUCAUGAGACAGAUGUUUCUAAAGGUGAUAGUGAGAGGGCUUUAAAAGUUGUAAUAUCAUCUGAUGUAGGAACUCAGACCAACUCAAGUACUCCUCCUAUAUCCAGCACUACUACAACAACAACUACGCAGACUAAUAUGCAGCAUCCAGCCAUGCCACAGUCAAAGACCCCUAAUACCAUGAAAUCUGUCAAAGGGGCGAAGGGUGUUGUUGUUGGUCGAUCUAGUCCAGGAAGUCAGCAACAGCAGCAGCAGCAGCACCAACAGCAGCAGCAGCAGCAACAGCAACAGCAACAGCAGCAGCAGUCAAAUGGAGGAGGGGUGGUAUCUCGGCCACUGACGGGGACGGGAACAGUGGCUGUCUCCCCUGUGGGGGGGCCAGGAAGGGGCCGAGCAUCGGGGGGGUCAGUGUCUCCCGGUGCAGCCCGCCGGAAACUGGUUCGCGGAGUAGAAGGCCGAGCUACAGAGCCUCCUCCUCCUCACUAGUGCCCGCAGAAUCUAGUCCAGCACCAGAAGGUCUUCCCAAUGCCAACGAACCUUGCCCCUGCCAUCCUUGUCCUUGCCACCCUUGUACCUGCCUGUAGCAAGCCAAACCAAAGAGGAAGGCAGGAGCCAAGAUGUUUUGACAGUCCUGCAAACAGUUUGGCUUUGGUAUAAAUGUUGGUCAGAGGAUGCGCUUGGAAGAUAAUUGUAUAUGGUGUGCAUGGAUAUGUAAAGUUGUGUGUGCCGCAGUAAGAUGAAAGGAAGCAGGUAGGCAGGCAGGCAGGCAGGCAGGCAAAUUAGCAGAAAAAAUUGGGAGGAGGCUUUUGGUGCCAAGAUUUAAAUUGUACAUAGCACAUGCUGUUUAAGCAUGUCAUAUUGCUGUGUAUAAAAUAUGUUCAGGCCUUCAUAAUACUGCAUAGCUUUACCCUAACCAUUCAUGAAAUCACAUUAUUGGCAUUGUACUCAGUACUGUUUCCUUCCCUCACCCUUGAUAACCAGAAUCACUCACAACUAUUUCUUGUAUGAUAUAUAUUUCAAAUUGAUAAUAGGUUUGAUUUUUUCAAUGUGGUUUUGCCAAUACACAUAGGUUUUGAAGAUUUUUGCCCAAAUAGUGUUUGAAAUAUUUAUAAAUUGUAUUUUUUGUUGCAAAUGAUAUAACAGUAAUUCUUAUUAUAGAGCUUCACUUUGCUUUGGUAAGAUGAUUUUGAAUCACUUACCUGCAGCCUAGCACAAGACAUAUUAUGUAGAGUUAUCUAGGGGACUUGUCUGUAUUUUAUUGAGCCUCUCAAGAAACUUUUUCAAAUAAAAAUUAACUGGGAUGGGGAGGGGUGAUGGACAGCUCCAUAAGCAAACUACCAUCUCUUACCAGCAGUAGUUAAGCACCAUGCCAUACAUCACUUAGACAAUUUUAGCAAGGUUCCUGUAUUGUCACCCCCAGCUGUUCUAAGCCAUGUGCAUUUAAUGAAUGCUGUAUUUCACCGUGAUACUUGGGAAUUUUGAGCCUUAUUAAAAUAUUGUCCCCCUGGGUGUAAUUGGAGAUGCAUCAAAAUUAUUGUCUCCUGUUAGGCUGCACAGUGAUGUUUUCUUAGUGCACUUGACUGAUUCUUCAUAUGAUGAACAAGUUAGACUGAGAAGCAGUUUUUCAGAUUUACAUUGCAGCCCAGAUUGAGCUGAAAUAUGUUAACAUUUUUGGGAAUGUUUAUGGAAUCAAAGUUGUAUGUUCUUUAAGCUCAUCUCUUUUUAUAAAAGCAGGUGUAUUUUGUGACAAGAUCAGCAAUAUGGGCUAUAUUUGUCUUCAUUAGAAACUUUUCCAGCUGUAAUACAUGGAACUGUACACUUAAGGGAGAAUACAUGAAGCACACAGUGGUGGAUUCAUUACAUUACAUGUGCAGCAUUAGAGGGCUUCUGGCUAGCAGCAGGGUUCCGACUCCUGUAUGUUUGAUUUAUUUAUAUAACUGUUUGGGUGUUAAGCAUUGUGUGUGAAGAAAACUUACACCCUGCUACUUCAACUUAUCUCAAUAUUUUCAAGUUUUGUGAGAGACGGCUGUUAAUAUCUUCAAGUUAAAAAAAAUUAAAUACUUUUUGCCAUACAUAGUGAAAGAUAAUGAUAAAAGAUUAUUAACUAAUUGUCUAACUUUAUGAUUUACUUAAUGAUUUGUGAUGCUAAACUUGAUAUUUAGUGGUUAACUCAAAAGCUGAGAAAUUAUUAGUUUUGCACAAAUUAUGAAAGUGAAAACUCGGCUUAAUAUCUAUUUUGCCCGGUGUCUCGGAUCUGUCUCAAACCCUUGGCAUUGUACAGUAAGCAUGCAAGCCUUUGAACCAAUUACAACUUAACAGAAUAAAAGCUCACAUUUGCCCUGUUUUUCAUCAUAUUGGAAGUGUAAUAAAACUCAAAUUGUAACUUUCUCUGCUUGUUAGUAGCGUGCUUGUAUUAACUCAAGGGCAAGAGUCGAAUCCAUAGCAGUGAAUUAGGUAUUGCAAUGUUCUCGUGUAUCACACGACACUUGUUGGACUUUCAUCUUGGGCUCUGGACUAACAUACUUGGGAGGCUGCUAACCUGCUCAGCAGAAACUAGUGUUCGGGAUAUUACUUUGUAGCUUUGUAAAUUUACUUAUAAGUAGUGCUGUAAUUAAUAUGAAUGCUAAUAUCUGAUGGACCAUUUCCUGGUGGCAACUUUGUUUAUAGAAUAUUAUCAGGCCAGGGCUCAAGGUAGAGAGGGAGCACAACUUUUCCUCAUGUUUAAAUAUGAAUCUUUGGUAUUGUUUCUGGAUUAAUGGUGAAGCAGAAACUCAUGAGUCUCAACACCUGCAGUAUGCUAAUGUGCCAAUGUUUUACUAACAUGAUGUACUUCUACCAUACAAGUCUGUUCUUGUGAUGACAGCACCUUUAAGUUGAAAAAAUAUUGUGUUGACCAUUAAUGAUAAGAGUUUUAAUGCCUCUAAAGGGUAACAGAUUGAUGAGUGAUAAUCUACAUGUAUAUAUAUAUAUAUAUAUAUAAAACUAACAAUGCCAAUAUAUGACCCAUAUAAUAUUUAGAAAUUUGACUAGCUUUGUCAAGUAUUACUUGAAAGCAAAAUUUAAUGAAGUAUUGCAAGAUAAAUCUGUGGUCAAUAAUACCACAUUUUGCUCUGGUGGGAUGGUAUAAGUAAUUUAUAUUUAGGUACUGGAUAUUAAAAUGUGAUAAAAUCCUUGCACUUGAAUUUUGUGGUGGCGUUGUAGAUGAUGAUGACAGAUGCUGCUACUAGUGCACCAAUACUUUGAUUAUCUGGCUCACUCACUCACUUGAAACCUCAACAUCAGGUUUUUGAUUACUAAGCUUGCUUUGUGAUACCACUUGAAUUCCUGGACUAGUGUAAAUACUAAACCCUGCUGUACUGGUUAAUCAAGGAAUUGGUGCAGCUGUCCAACUGAUGCUGCACAAUUCUGUGGUUGGCCUUACAUCAAUGGUCUUUCAUAAGAAGUUUAUUCCAGACAAUUUUGGAAAACAGUCGUUGGCUAAUUGUGUAAUUUAUAAUACUGUAUUGCUAAUUGGAGACCCUAUAUGCAAUACAGUUGUUAUGAUUUAAAAAGUAUGGCCAUGGAUAUAGAUUUCUAGAAGGUGCCUGUUUAAAAAAACUAAAGAUGUGUGGGGGGCGUUUGUGUAAAUAUUUAGCCAUACAUGCAUCAGCACACACUGACUUUGCAUAGAUAUGUAUAUAUUUAUUAUUAUUACUAGUAAAUCAUAGUUUGUUUACACAUAUUUUGUCAUUUAAGUAGGGUCAUAUUUAUAAUAGCUCCUUUUUUUUCUUUUCUUUUUUUAGUAUUUGCAAUGGCACCCAGUCUGCAUAUUUAGGGAUCAAAAUCUCUCUAUAUACAGUGUCUUGAAGAAAGUGUAGGAAGCGUCAAAAUGCCGUUAUCAUCUGUGUCCUCCUGGCAUGUAGGAUGAACCAAUAGUAUUCAUGAUAUACACUUUGAGUGUUAAUUAUUUUUGCUUGUCUACCAGUGAUCUUGGAGAUUGUGGAUGUUUACUGAAACAACAUUCAUAUAUUGCAGUCGAAUUUGAUUAAUAUGGUAGAUUAUCUUUUGCUGUUAAAUUUUUACCAUCUUGCGGUACUGUUUAUGGAAAAUGUCUAAGACAGAUUUUUCUAAAAUUAAAUAAUUUGAUAAUGGAGGACAGUUUGUGUUUGAAAAUGAAAUGGCAUCAUUGCAGUUCAUUGUACUGUACAUCAGUUUAAUGGAAAAAAAAAUUGAUGAUUUUAGAUGUAAAUAGUAAUUCAGAUUAACUUCAUUAUGAAAUGGUAGUACAGUAUUUAUACUCAACAUUGUAGAAAUAAUUUCACUUUGAUAUCAUUGUACUUAAUGCAUUUGAACUAUUAAGAGAUGCAAAAAUUAUACACAAGCAGUGUUUGUGACCAGUAUAAAAUUAGGAAAUGGUAGUUAUUAAAUUUCUUGCAUGAAAAAUUUGGAAAUCCAUGUGUACAAAUUUUUGUUGAGCCAUUGCUGUGAUAACAAAAAAAAACUGGGAAUGAUGCCAGCUUUUGUAGGUCACUGGAAAAAUAGUUCUUUUGCAAAAUGUAAAUUAUGGUAAAUGUCUCAAAUUACAAGUGACCAUAAACCAUGCUAAGUGUUUUUUGUGAUUUUCCUAAAUCCAAAUAGACAAGACUUGAAUGACACAUUGAUGCUCCUUAGUCAAGGAAGAGCUGCAUGUGUGAAUUUCAUAAUUCUAAGUUAAAAGACAGGUAAUCCUGAGCAUGUUUAAAGAUAUCUUUUGCAGAAUCAAUCGUCUGGAAGCUCUUAGUUGUACAUUACUAUUUAUGCAGCAGGUUGAUGAUCAAAUGGCACUACGUGAUGGCAUAAUUUUCAUAAAAAUGAAUGCUGCAAAAUUGUCUCAAAUUAUUGUAACUGAAUAUGAUUACACAAUAAUGCAUGUAACAAAUUUGAUUUUAGUCUAGAUGAAAAGUAUAGUAGUAUUGCAACAAAUCUCAUAUAUGCAUCUUUAAAAUAUAAAUCCAUAUUUUGUAAAUGGAAAUGAACAAAUCUAAAUUGCUUAAUAAUAUUCAUGUGCUAUGAAGUCCUAUCUGGGUUACGAAAGAGGAAUCCUCUCACGUCACGUAAGAGCAAAAUUGGCUGCAAAUUUUAUCCAUCAUCAUCCAUUCUAAAGUUCUACCCAUACAGUUUUUUGCUGUCGGUUAAAGUGAAAACUUCCAACGUUUUGAAGUCUGUAAUUUUAACCCUGGUUUCUUUAACCAAAACUACCAAAAAAAUAAUAAACGUAAUCUGACACAUGAGAAUAGUUUGACUGUUCGACCAUGACUUGAUAGUGCUCUAGAACUGGUGACCUAAAAGGUAUCUCUAUUGAUCAGAGAAUUUGCUUAUUGGGUUACUUGUGCAUGGAAAGCAGGUGCCUUCUAAUUGCACUUAAAAAAAGCAUUGGAAAAUUAAUUAGGUAACUUGGGUAAACUAAGCAAAGGGUAAGGGAACAAUAAUAAAAUAAACGAGACAAACAAGUUUUUUAUUUAUAUUAACAUCUGUCAAAUGUUAAAUGACUGCAAUGUGGCUGCAGCCAAGAGAAAACUUCCUAAGAAAAACAGAUCCAAAAAGAACAUUUUCUUUAGAAAAUAUAAUAAAUUAUUUUUAUUGAGAAAAUCCAUAGAAGCCUUGAUGAGGAUUUUAACUUGUGCAGUGGGUAGUCCUACGUAAACGCCCUAGACAAAGGUGGGACUACCCACCACAUAGGUUUAAAUCUUCAAGACUCCUACGGUGUUUCUCAUCGAUACAUAACAUUAGUGUGAUUACUGCGUAGUCUAUUCAUUAUUAUUAUUAUUAUAUGCAUCUUACAAAAUAACAAAAUAGUGCUUUGCUAAACAACAUAAGUAGUAAUUUGUGUGCGAAGUACAAUAAUAUCAAGUGGGGCUUGCAAGACAAAAUUUGCUAAAUUGGCUAGUAUGAAACUUUUAUCAUGCUUAAGCAGUUAUUUUCUCAUAUUGAUUUAAAAGUGUUGCCCAGAAAUAGUUAUACACAAAUAAUAUUUGUUGGAUCAUCCAGUGGUUAUUCAAUUUGGUGUGGCUUCUUACCAUUGAUAUAAGCUGACAGUGUUUGCAAUGAUCGCUCUGUAUGUAAUGACGCCAGCAAUUCUAAGCUUCAGUAAGGCUUUUCCGCAGUAAGGUUUGUCUCCAUUGUCAUACUGGAAAAUGAGCCUUAUUGAUGAAUUUUUAAAGAAAAUAAACUCAUGAUUGCUGAUCUCGCAUAUCUUAAAAAUAUUUUUUAAAAGUUGCUGCAGAGGCAAGUUGCUCCAUGCCCAAAACAGUACUUGUGUUAUACUGUAUCAUAGGUUUAUUGAUGGAAUAAUAAAAAUGUUUUUUGGCAAA